AAGAGAGCAGUGAGAACCCGCAUCCGGUAAAGCGCAAGGGCGGCAGCACCUGUCACCUUUCUUUCACCAAGUGCGCGCAGCUCUCCGGCCACGAGGGCAGUGUUGCGCGUUCCCGCGGCCGCCGUGCACGCGAUGGACCGGGGCUCGCUCGUGCUCCUGCUCUGCGCCUUUUCUCUGGUACUUUCAAAAUGUGCAGAAUCCUGCCUCCCACGUUCCAUCCAGGCAGCUGUACCCCAGAAGAUCAUGUCUGGAGACAUUGUUUACAAAGUGGAUUUGACCAGGUGUGGAACCCAAGUGCUGCCAGUGAAAACCAGCGACCCUGACUUUGACAUGCAGAGCGACGGCACCAUAAACACCCUCCGAGUCACCACCAUACCCGUCAGCGGGAGGAUGUUCUCCGUGUGGCUCCAGGACCCGGCUGGGCACAGCGAGAAACUCAAUGUCAGGCUCUCCCCGGAGAUCCCUGGGCAGUCCCAGUUCCCAGUGCCAAGCAGCGGGGCCCGAAAACGUUAUAAAAGGCGCUGGAGUCCCCUCCCCUUCCAAAUCACUGAAAACGACAGUCCGCCAUUUCCAAAGGAAAUUGAAAUGAUUGGAUCAGACUCGUCAGUGAACCAUUCGGUGUACUACAUCAUCAGCGGCCCCGGUGUCACCCAAGAGCCACUGGGCCUGUUCAGCCUGGACACGAAUACAGCUUUGCUGAGGGUCCACAGGCCUGUGGACAGGGAGCAGAUCUCACAGUUCAAACUUCUGGUCAAGGUGUUUGACAAAGACACCGAAGAGGAGACGGACCUGCCCCUCACUGUCACCGUGAACGUGAAGGACGUCAACGACAACGCACCUGAGUUCAGCGGUCCCCUCCAGUUCUCUGUGCUGGAGCAGAGCCGACCAGGAACCGUGGUGGGGAAAGUAAACGCCACGGACAGGGACGACCCGCAGACGCUACACGCCAAGAUCGCGUACUCGCUGCUGUCUGGAGGCGACGCGUUCGUCAUCGAUCCCGGGACGGGCGUCAUCGCGACGAGGACAGGCACCCUCGACAGGGAGGUGAAGGACACACACCUGCUCGUUGUCCAGAUCAAGGAUAUGAACGGUGCCUGGAAUGGGCGCUCCAACACGGCCACGGCCACCGUCACGCUGCAGGACAUCAACGACAACCCGCCCGCCUUCGCCAGGCCGUCCUUCAGGGCGAGGGUUGAGGAGAACCAACCGGAUGGACUGAUCCUACGUAUCCCCGUGGAGGACAGAGACCUGGCGGGAACUCCGAGCUGGAGGGCCCUGUUUUUCAUCACGAGGGGUAACGAAGAUGGAAAUUUCCGGAUCGAAAGGGACGCUAAAACGAAUGAAGGGCUCCUGCUUGUGACCAAGGCUUUGGACUAUGAAAAGACCAGUAAGGUAAGCCUGAUGGUUCAGGCCCAGAAUGAGGUGGACUUGAAGGGCACCACAGCCUCCUGGCUCUCAGUCCCGGUGGACGUAGAGGUCCUGGACGUUGACGAAGGUCCAGAGUUUUUGGUGCAGAACCUGUACUUGACCAUCGAAGAGAACACAGCCGCUGGGACGGUCAUCGGGACCUACACAGCAACGGACCCAGAGACCAGGAGUUCUAGAGGCAUCCGGUACCACAAGCUGUCGGACCCGGCCUUAUGGAUCGACGUGUCCGAGGUCACGGGGGAGCUGAGGGUCGCCGGCGCCGUGGACAGGGAGUCGCCGUUUGUAGAGCGCGACCUCUACAACAUCACCGUGAGAGCGGUUGAUUCAAGCUCAAAGUCGGCCACGGGGACAGUUGUGAUCCACAUCGAAGACAAGAAUGACAACACGCCUCAUAUUCCCCAGAAGAGCCUGACGCUGUGCAAGACGGAUGGAGGGCUGGGGUCCGUCGUGGUGACGGCCGAAGACAAAGAUGACUUUCCCUUUGCAGAGCCCUUUACCUUCGAGCUCGCAGAUCGCCAUGACGACAGCUGGACCAUAAUAAGGCUGAAUGGUACGGCCGCCCUGCUACAGGAAGCCAAGGAACUGCCCGUGGGGAACUACACUGUGCCUCUGUUUGUUCGGGACCAGCAGAGCCUGGGGGCGGAGCAGAUGGUGACCGUGAGGGUGUGUCACUGUGCGGACGGGGAGUGUCUCCCGCCGCGGCGCUCCGUUGCUCUCGGCCUCUGGGGCCUCCUGGCUGCGCUGCUGGGCCUCGUCCUGCUCGUGCUCUUUUGUGUGUGUUUUAGUCUUGUGUGUGUGACAAAGCCAGAAAAGGCGUUUAUCAAGGACAGCCAGGACGGUGCCGGGAUCUUACUGCAGUCCAAUACAGAGGGACCAGGUGAAGCGGUGGAUGCUGCAGUUCUGGUGUCCCCAGCGGCUCCGGAGCAGUCGGCCAAGGGUUCUGUGAGCGAUGGCAGGGGACAACACAUCUUGGGCGCGAGGGCGGAGCAGAGCAUGCAGCAGCACGCUGAUGGCUUGGCGCUGGGCGACUCCCUUGGGCAACGGACGGUGGCUCACUAUGGCAGCGGUUUGAGGGCCCUCGAUGAACGCCGCUUCAGAUUCAUCGACCGGUCGUUGAACGCCAUCUGGGAAACGAACGGCCUGUACAUAAACAAGAAGCUCAGCGACUUUACGGCGGAGGGCGACGGCCACUUGGCCGAUGACGUUCUGCACUCGUACGGGUUCGAGGGCCGGGGCUCGCCGGCCGGCUCCGUGGGCUGCUGCAGCGACUUCGGCGAUGACCGCGGCCUGGAUUUCGCGGACACCCUCGGAGACAAGUUCAAAGCGCUGGCCGAAGUUUGCGCCCCCAAGUAACGAGGACCGGAACUGAUGCGCGCCCCCUUUUCGUACGACAAAAAAAAAAAGAAGACAAAACAUAUGACCCAUAUUUAGAGAUGCUCCACAUGUAGGAUAAUGCAUGAGGUUCAUAUUUAAAUCUCAGCUUGUUUUUCUGCCACCGACAGAUUUACUGUGACCUUUCCGAGGGGUACUGGAAUGCGCUCGUGGAGUCGCGGUACUUUCCGGAAGUACGCCCUCUCCUGGUUUACCAUGUUCUCUCACACUGAGCGCCCUGCUUCAAGUCGCAUUUUUGAUAUUGUUAUUUUUAUUGUUAUUGUUACCGUUCUGUAUGAAAGCAGUGAGGUUGGAGAAAGCGCCGGGUUGUUGCUCUUUACCUUGUUGUGUGUUCCUGACAUUUUUCUUUCAUGUUAAUAUUUAUGGUAGGCGCAACCGUAUGCCCUGGUACAUCAAUACGGAUGUGUCCAGAAUGAACUUUGAGAAGUCGUAAAAAUGUUUGCUGACAUGUUAUUUUUAAACAAGCGACGAAAGCUGUUCCCCCGCUGUGAUGUAGCACGCUUACCCCCCGUGUUGCCGAGUGUGUAACUACUGUAUCCAGCAGCUGUCUCUCAAAAUCCUGCUGUGGUUUCAGUGGGUCCACCCUAUGUGUGUGUGUGUG